AUGGCCCAACAUCUGGAAUCCAACUUCUCCAUACGAAAUUUAUUGGCAGGCGCAGAUGGCACCAACCCAGCGAUAACACCACCACCAUCCGAUGGGUCUUUAUCUCCCAACAUUUCCUUGUCGUCGAAUGAAGAGAAUCAUGGAAGUCGACCGAACUUGACGUAUAGUGCGUUGGUGACAAUGGCGAUACGAAGCAGCACUGAAGGCAAACUGACGUUGAAUGCAAUACAAAAUUGGAGCAGUGAGAUCUUCCCCUAUUACAGGAAGGAUGAGCAAGGCUGGCAGAAUCAGAUAAGGCAGACGCUAAGCACAAACUCAUGUUUCCUUAAGAUACCACGUACUUUGGAUGAUCCUGGUCGUGGAAACUAUUGGGGCAUGAGUCCAGAAUUAGCGGCUGUUGGUUCAGUUAGUGUGGGUAACGGAACUUCUCUUGGUGCCUUAGUCAACGGUGUAGCACACCCCACAGCCCCAAACGCGGUAUAUUUCCCCACACCACAAGAAAUAGGGGAAACUCAGCGAGCAAUGCUGAUGCAGGCGAUGCAGGAACAGCAAGCAUGGUUUUCGUUCCACCAACAACAGGCGCAUAUAUUACAGCAACAAUGGGUACAACUGCAGCAGCAACAACUUCAGCACCAAUAUACUGAUAUUUACCAAAGACUUGUCUUCCACCAACAGCAGAUGGCGUAUUUUACAGGACAGCAAGUGUUUUCCUAA